CACAAGUAUCCAAGCAAUCAUUAAGCAAACAUGACCACCAACCACAACACUCAGACUGACGACCACUUCAACAACUGGCCUAACGUCCAAGGCGUGAGCAUCCUCCAUUAUGACUCCAGGCUUGGGACUAAUGAUACUCCAGUUCGAUGCCAAUUACGAAGUCAAAGACCCCGUCGAACUCCCCGUGGAGGGUACCAUUCCAGCCUACACGGCUGGCACGCUGUACCGCACCGGGCCAGGAAGUUACAAAGUCGACACCGAGCAGGGCGAGACGCUCGAACUCAGUCACUGGUUCGACGGAUACAGUCAAACCCAUCGCUUUCAGCUCGUCGCCCCUGUCGCCGACCACCCCCUUCGGGUCUACUACAACUCUCGCUUCUCCACCGACCUAUUGAUCGAGGGAGUCCGCAAGUCAGGGAGUCCGAAACCAAUAACUUUCGGUCAGAAACGUGAUCCCUGCAAAGCCGUCUAUGACAGAGUCCAGACGGAAUACGAGCCAGCCAGCAAGCCACCUCCCCCUCACCCCGCCGCCGUGAACGUGGGAGUCACCCUAUCGGUCAACAUGCCCGGCCUGGGGACCGAAACCAGUGACCGCUGGGACACAUCCACGGGCAUCAAGACCCUGUGGGCCAAGACCGACCACAACCUCUUCAAGCAGCUGGACCCUGUCACCCUCGAGCCCCUCGGUCUCGCCCGGCAGCAGAACCUCCAUCCCGACCUCACAGGCGAAGGGGCCGCCGCGCACGCGCGCUCCGACCCCAAAACCGGCGACGUCUUCAACUACAACCUCACACACAGCCCGGAACCGACGUAUCGGGUCUUCCGCGUCUCAGCAUCCACCGGCGAGACCACGAUCCUGGCCAGCUUCCCGGCCACGCCCGCCUACCUGCACUCCCUCUUCCUCACCGCAGACUACGUAGUUAUCUGCGUGUGGAACGCGCACCUCGACGUCUCGGUCUUCGACACCCCCGUCCACAGCGUGCUCGACGCGAUGGAACCCUUCGACCCCACCAAACCCUCGAUGUGGUAUGUCAUCGACCGCAAGGCCAGCCAGGGCCUGGUGGGCACCUACACCGGCCCGCCAUUCUUCUGCUUCCACAGCAUCAACGCCUGGCAGGAGCCGUCCCCCAACAGCAACAGCGGAGAAGACAUCGACAUCGUCGCCGACCUCGUCAUGUUCGACAACCUCGACUUCCUCUUCUCCCUCUACUACGAGAAUCUGCUCUCCAACACCAGCCCCGCGAACGCCCGCCUCGCGAACGGCCGCACCGACAGCACCCGCUCCACCGUUGCCCGCUUCCGCCUCCCGCUCAUCCCCGCUUCCGCCUCUCCCAGCCCUCAGUCGCAGAAAGCAAUCCUCGAACGCACCGUCUGCAAACCCAUCUCCCCCGAACUCCCCACCCUCAACCCCAGCUACGUCACCCGCAAGAACCGCUACACCUACUCCAUCGGCGCCCGCGGCGAGUCCACCUUCUUCGACUGUAUCAUGAAGCUCGACAACGACCACCCCGAGACCCCGCAGAUCUGGGCCCAGCACGCGCAUUCCCCCGGGGAACCGAUCUUCGUGGCGGAUCCGCAGGGCACGGGCGAGGAUGACGGGGUGUUGUUGAGUGUGGUGUUGGAUGGGCAUUCCGGCAAGAGCUAUCUGCUGUGUUUGGAUGCCAGGGAUCUGUCCGUGCUGGGGAAGGCGAGGGUCGACGGGCCGGUGGCGUUUGGGUUCCAUGGGCAGCAUGUUCCGUUGGCGGGGGGGAUUCCGACGGGUGAUUAUUGAGGUAUCCUGGGCGAGCCUGUCUUGGUUCGCAGCGGUGGGAUGCUGGAUUUGUUGUGGUGGUAUUUUCAUUUUCUCGGGUUGCGGUUCGAUACUUGGUGGUGAUUUCUGCUCUGCUUUGCAGGCCCAGUGGGCGCUCUAGUGAUGAUGACUACGAUUUUGCUACGAGACUGCGUCAGAAUGCUAUGGAAAUAAUCUCUCAUUCUCCAACUACUGCAAC